AUAAGUGGAGGAGGGGGGGCACCGGUGUAAAAGUCCCGGGGAAAAUAUAUCCGACAUUUCGGGGCUAAAAGAAAAAAAAAAUAUAAACUGGCGAGUAGCCUUGAGACACGGGUCGAAGUGAAUCGAUGGAGGAGGCAAGAAAUUAGUGAAAUACACCAACGUCAGGAUAUUGGAUCAACUUGUAUACACUCCGAGAGAAUCCAUUGCUGACCAUCCAGUGCAACAAAAGAACAAGACCUGCUGUCUGUUUAUAUAUUUCCCAUGACGGUUCCUGAUCCUCUACGGGAAAUGGGAUAAACUCCAAUUAUUAUUUUGUGCUGAUAUUACAUUCCACUGAUUACAUUGUGCUAGCAUCCAGAAAUGACCCUCCCCAACUAAUACAUAUAUAUACACUAAUAUAUAUGCUAUGAUUUUUAUGUUAUGUACAGAAAUAUCUGGUUCUCAUCUGUGAACUAUAUACAGAAAUAUAAGAAUAUAUACGCUACCAUUUUAGUGGGGAUAUUUGACAAGGGUCUAUAACUAGCAUGCUUUAAUAAAGGAGAAAAAACAUUUUGACCCCUGCUAUUUCACAAGAUAACACUUUUUGCCAUUCCAAAAUAAAACUGACCCCUUUCGUAUAAUUUGAUCACUCCUUCUCUCCUGUAUAAUCACUCUGUUAAGAGUUGUUGCCUAACAAGCAGACCUAUGAUCAAAAGUACUCCAGCCAUGACCAUCCUGUCUUUUUAGGGGAUGUCUAGGACCACAUUUUUUAAUGCUUCCUUUCCUUAUUUAAGACAGUAGGCUGUGGUUUAAGGGAUAACUGGCUGUUACUUUUCGCAAGUCAAGUGAUUACUUACAGACUUUUGUUAAGGGCAUAAAGAUGAUUGUAUAUGUAAGGAAUAGUUUAGGGGUUAGCUACUCUGUGGAACCCCUAUUUUGUGUGUUCCCUAAAUGGACUAAUCUCCAUAUCUUUUAAUCCUGCAUUAACCCUACCGCUUACCCAUCUUUUAGUUGGCCCCUUCCCUCACCAUGGUCUGCAGUCAGUGCCCUUUCUCUGUGUUUAUGUUUGGGCUGACUGCAAUUGAUCAGCCCCUAAUUAAACCUCAUCCACAAAAUUGUUCAAGAGUUGGUCUUCAUGAAAGUAUACUGCUCCUGUCUACUUGAAUAACUGUCAUUCGCGUCUGUCACCCCAGUAUAUAACUGGUAUGGUUUAUACAUAGUUCCUUCUCCGUAGACCAUAGACAGUUAUAAGGUCUGUCUAGGCUGUGAUUAAACUGAAACUGUGAAUGUUUCUAGUCUAAUACUCCUCUAUUUCGAGUCAUAGUGUAGUAAAUAUAUAACUCUAUACAAUUAUAUAUAUAUAUAUUAUAACCAUAUACAGUCACAUGUAGUUGUUGAUGAAAUAUAGUCACUCUAUGUAUGUUAAGAUGUCUAUUUAAUUACGUUAUAUUUUGGUAACUUUAUAUGUAAGUCCCUCACCAGACUCAUAGUCAUCGUCACAUCAUCAUUAUCAUCAGUGUUAUCAAUAUCGUCAUCAAGAUCAUUGUCAGCAUACGUUCGUAGCAAUUACGCCUCAGACUCAUAAACAGAACACUCAGCAUGUAUGCAAACCAAGAGGUUCAAUUCUCACCCGUUGUCGGAAGCAAUCACUCCUAUGGCUUUGGUCCAUUCACAACCCCGAGCCCAUCAACACCACCCUUGUCCACCCCAUACACCUACGUCAGCUACCGGCAGUCGUACAUCGACAAGAAACCCUACAAAUGUAAUGUCUGCCGUAAGCGGUUUACCCUCCGUGCAUAUCUGAAGAAACACGAAUUGGCUCCCGAAUUAGGGAAGCAUUUCAUCUGUGUCUUCUGCUGUAAAGCGUUCCCAGAAAGGGACAAACUAAAGAUCCAUGAAAGGACACACACAGGAGAACGCCCGUUUGCAUGUGAUAUCUGCCCUAUGGCUUUUGCUCGUAAAGACAAGCUAAAAAACCAUGCCAGAACUCAUUCAGGAGAAAAACCAUUUGUCUGCCAUAUUUGCCCAAAAGCUUUUUCUCGAAAUGACAAACUGAAAAUCCAUCAACGAACCCAUUCUGGGGAGAAGCCAUUUUGUUGUCAGAUUUGUACGAAAGCUUUCUCUCGGAAAGACCACCUAAACAAGCAUGAACGCACUCAUACCAACCAUUACAGUUGCUCUCAAACUAUUCAUCCUCACGACAAAACCAAUAUGACUUCGGUACUCUCGAAUGCAAAGUGUGGCAAUCUUUUAAAAAAGGAAUUUCUCCAUGGAGACAGACAUGACAUUUCACACCAUUUGACCCCGGUUUCUGCUGACGAACUAUGUAAAACGAUUCCAAUUAGUGGUUUGAACACUCCUGUUUUAAUGAAUGCUGCAGGUGUCAGCUCAGCACAACAUCAUUCUUAUCAAGCUGCAUCAGUGUCUUCGUCUUCUCACCAACCAGCAUCAGCCACUUCAACAUCCAAGACGACGACUCUUCUAAAACAGCCGGUUCUCUCAACCCUGAACCUCGACAACAUUGCAUCAUCCCUGUGUUCCCAUCAGAAAAGUGUCUCACAGCCACAGAGGUCCACAACCACCACGGCUUCUAUAGCUUCAGCUGCACACCAACAGCCUCCACAACAACAACAGCAACAGCAGCAGCAGCAGAUGCCCUCACAAGCUCACUACGACUGGAAACGGAACACUUCCCCAGCGUCUUCGUGGACAUGGAAUGGCUGCCCCAGUACCUUGACCAUUCCCUCCUACACAGUUGGUCAGAGAAAAGGUGACAAUCAAGGAUCCUCUGACAAUAACAUCCAAUCAUUGAUGUGAAAACAAUAAAGAGAACAGCUACACUUUCACACACACACACACGUUUUGUUCACAAGACUCGAUUAUCUUUCAGUCACAUUACAACCACUCUAAAAUGCAUGCAUCCAACAGUCUGGUCAGGGGAUGCUGCAAGCUGGACCCCCCACCCCCACCCAUGUAUUUAUGCCUAUUCAUCUCCAGCAAGAAAUUUUCUCCAUAACAAAAUGCAGUGAAUGGCUAUCUUAGGGGGUUCAAAUAGUCCCCCAGGCGUAUUUGAACUGGUAACCAGUUCUUAUUACAACUAAUAGUUUCACCACAAUCUAUUCUAAUCCACCUUUCUACUUUAUUAUGACCAAACCAUAAAAAUGGUUUAGAACGAUUUACCUGAUGAAGAGAUCAGGGUGAAACUAUUAGUUGUAAUGUGACUAGAGAAUAAUCCAGCAACUGAAUAAAAACAUUAUACAUUUCUCUCUUGAGUUCUCUUUUGAGUUCUCAGUUCUCAUUGUUAAAAUUAUUUUGCCCUCGCCCCCCUUUUAUAUAUAUAUUUGUUUUGGUAAGUGACUUGAUCUGAGAUUGUGCAUUAAAAAAUGAAAUAAUUACAUCAUAAAAGAGUCAUUUUAGCAAUUAAAUAAAAUACACCA